UAAAAUAAAAAAAAAGUUACUUCUUCCUAAUCCUAAAGUAGUAGCAUCAUUAUCUAAAGAUUCAUCAAACUUGUCUAUUUCUGAUCAAUAUCAGUUUGUUAAUGAGAGAAAGUAUUAUGAUAUAAAAGAUUCUGUAUAUUUUUUACCUAACGAUUAUGAAGAAUGCGAUAGAUUACAUUUACUGCAUUAUAUAGAAAGGUGUAUUUGGCAGAGUAUCUUUUUUUCUCCAAUUGAAGAUCUCCUUAAUCAGAAUGGAACGAAGGUUCUAAAUGUAGGGUAG